AAUAAUCAAGUUUACCUAAAUACAUAACUAGUAAUAAAAAAGGUAAUAAUUCACACAGCAACUCCGAAUCUCUGUCACAUGCUUCUCUCUCUUCUCUCUCUCUCUCUUGAAAAGCAAGCAACACACACACAGAGCGAGAGAGAACAUUGUCGUGUGAAAGUUAAAGUAGCAUAUACAAAAGUGGUGGCCACUUCCGCCGUGGUGGUGGUGGGCCUACCUACCUCCCUUUCACUAUUUCCCAAUUUUUUUUUAUUCCAUCUGAUUAAACAAAAAAAAAAUGACCUCCAGACCCAUCACCGCCACCGCCGCCUCCACAACAACCCCAUCUUCCGGCGGCGGCGCCGCCGCCGCCAACGGCACCCACCACCACUACUACCCUCCGGCCUCGUCAUACUCUUCGUCCGCCGCCUCCUUCCGCGGCUGCUGCUGCUGUCUCUUCCUCCUCUUCUCCUUCCUCGCACUCCUCGUCGUCGCCGUAAUCCUCGUCGUCGUCCUCGCCGUGAAACCGAAAAAGCCGGAAUUCAACCUCCAGCAGGUGGGCGUGCAGUACAUGGGCAUCAGCCCCACCACGGCCUCCUCCGCCACCGUGUCCCUCGGCAUCCGGAUGGUGUUCACCGCCGCCAACGACAACAAGGUAGGGAUCAAGUACAGGGAGUCCAGGUUCACUAUCAUGUACCGCGGCAUACCCCUCGGGAAGGGUACGGUUCCGGCGUUCGAUCAGGCGGCCCACACCGUGAAACGGAUCGAGAUCGCCAUCGCCGUCGACCGCGUCAGCUUGCUUCAGGCGGAUGCCGCCGAUUUGGUCAGAGAUGCCUCCUUGAACGACCGGGUCGAACUCCGGGUCGUCGGCGAUGUCGGGGCGAAGAUACGGGUCAUGGGUUUCACCUCACCUGGUGUCGAGGUAUCGGUGGAUUGUACACUAGCCAUCAGUCCAAGAAAGCAAUCCUUAAUAUACAAGCAGUGUGGAUUCGAUGGCCUCACCGUAUGACGACCACUUGGUAAAACCGUAAAGCCUACGAUUAUUGUCAUUUUUUCGUCAAACAAACACACUUAUUACCCCACUCUUUUUUCCACUUUUCACUUUUUCUCUAUCUUGAAAAAGAAGGAAGAAAAUUAGUAGAGAAAUAUUGGAGGGGAUUUACAAAGUGAAUUCCCACUGUCAGGGCAAAAAAAGGGCACAUGUGGGGUUGUUGAGCUGUUAGAAUAGCAAUAACCCAAUGUCCUAAAAGCUUAGUAGAGAAGUUGAGUUUUUUCUUUUUCUUCUUGCAUAAUUUGCAAAAUUUUGUUGUAAAGCUUUGAUUCUUGAUUUUGCUAUUUCCACACCCAUUCACUUUUAAUAUUACUUGGUGAUAGUUG